GACCCGGAGGAAGGUCGGGGCCAUGGGCCCGCGCUGCGCCUCCGGAGGGUCCGGCCACGGCUGGAACCCGAGGCUGGGGCUGGGGGUGCUCCGGGCUCCGACCCGCAGCCCAUCCGCCCCCGCCCGCACCGGGUGAGGGGCGCCCGCCCUAGGCUAGAGGCGGAGCGGAGGCCGCGCGCGGCCGGCCGAGCACCUUCAGGAUGCUCAUCAAGGAGUACCACAUUCUGCUUCCCAUGAGCCUGGACGAGUACCAGGUGGCCCAGCUCUACAUGAUCCAGAAAAAGAGCCGGGAGGAGUCGAGCGGUGAGGGCAGUGGCGUGGAGAUCCUGGCCAACCGGCCCUACACGGACGGGCCCGGCGGCAGCGGGCAGUACACCCACAAGGUGUACCACGUGGGCUCCCACAUCCCAGGCUGGUUCCGGGCGCUGCUGCCCAAGGCCGCCCUGCAGGUGGAAGAAGAGUCCUGGAAUGCCUAUCCCUACACCCGAACUCGGUACACCUGCCCCUUCGUGGAGAAAUUCUCCAUUGAAAUAGAGACGUAUUACCUGCCCGAUGGGGGGCAGCAGCCGAAUGUCUUCAACCUGAGUGGAGCGGAGAGGAGACAGCGCAUCCUGGAUACCAUCGACAUCGUGCGGGAUGCGGUGGCCCCAGGAGAAUACAAAGCAGAAGAGGACCCCCGGCUGUACCGCUCGGCCAAGACCGGCCGGGGACCGCUGGCUGACGACUGGGCUCGCACAGCGGCCCAGACAGGGCCCCUCAUGUGUGCCUAUAAGCUGUGCAAGGUCGAGUUCCGCUACUGGGGCAUGCAGGCCAAGAUCGAGCAGUUCAUCCAUGAUGUCGGUCUGCGUCGGGUGAUGCUACGGGCCCACCGCCAGGCCUGGUGCUGGCAGGAUGAAUGGACAGAGUUGAGCAUGGCUGACAUCCGGGCAUUGGAGGAGGAGACUGCCCGCAUGCUGGCACAGCGCAUGGCCAAGUGCAACUCGGGCAGUGAGGGGCCCGAAGCCCAGGCCCCUGGGAAGCCUAGUGUUGAGGCCCGGGCUGCGGCCAGCCACGCUGGCACCCCCGAUGGGCCCGAGGCGCCCUCCGGCCCCGAUGCCUCGCCCGAUGCCAGUUUCGGCAAGCAGUGGUCUUCAUCUUCCCGUUCCUCCUACUCAUCCCAGCACGGAGGUGAGGCUGGGGCACGGGGAAGGGAGGGAGCUGCCCUCGGGCUGGACUCCAGGCUGAGACUGAGUGGCCCUGCAGGGGGCGUGUCUCCCCAGAGCCUGUCCGAGUGGCGCAUGCAGAACAUCGCCCGAGACUCUGAGAACAGCUCCGAGGAGGAGUUCUUUGAUGCCCACGAAGGCUUCUCGGACAGUGAUGAGGUCUUCCCCAAGGACAUGACCAAGUGGAAUUCCAGUGAUUUCAUCGAUGCCUUUGCCUCCCCCGUGGAGGCUGAGGGGACCCCAGACCCUGGAACCGAGGCCACCAAAGACAUUGGGGAUGGGGCCCGAGCACCCAGGGACUCGGAGGGCCCAGACGGAGCCGGGGAGCUGGGGGCCCAGGUGUGCGCAGUCCACGCCCUCUUCCUCAUCCUGCACAGUGGCAACAUCCUGGACUCAGGCCCCGGAGAUGCCAACUCCAAGCAGGCGGACGUGCAGACCCUGAGCCUGGCCUUUGAGGCUGUCACACGAAUCCACUUCCCCGAGGCCCUGGGCCAUGUGGCGCUGCGCCUGGUGCCCUGCCCACCCAUCUGCGCUGCCGCCUAUGCCCUUGUCUCCAACCUGAGCCCCUACAGCCACGAUGGUGACAGCCUGUCCCGCUCCCAGGACCACAUUCCACUAGCCGCCCUGCCACUGCUGGCCACCUCAUCGUCCCGAUACCAGGGCGCUGUGGCCACUGUCAUCGCCCGCACCAACCAGGCCUAUGCUGCCUUCCUGCGCUCAUCGGAGGGUGCCGGCUUCUGCGGGCAGGUGGUGCUGAUCGGAGACGGCGUGGGCGGAAUCCUGGGCUUUGACGCACUCUGCCACAGUGCCAGCGCGGGCAGCGGGAGCCGGAGCAGCAGUCGGCGAGGCAGCAUGAACAAUGAGCUGCUCUCCCCGGAGGUCGGCCCAGUGCGGGACCCCCUGGCAGAUGGGGUGGAGGGGCUGGGACGGGCCAGCCCAGAACCCUCAGCCCUGCCUGCCCAGCGCACCCCCAGCGACAUGGCCAGUCCUGAGCCCGAGGGUGCUCAGAACAGUCUGCAGGCCGCCCCUUCUACCACCUCCUCCGGGGAGCCCAGGCGGGCAAGCACAGCCUCGUGCCCCCCUGCCGCCACUUCUGAGGCUCCUGAUGGCCCCACCAGUGCUGCCCGCCUUGAUUUCAAGGUCUCCGGCUUCUUCCUCUUUGGCUCCCCACUGGGCCUGGUGCUGGCUUUGCGCAAAACCGUGAUGCCCACCUUGGAGGUGGCCCAGAUGCGGCCAGCCUGUGAGCAGAUCUACAACCUCUUCCACGCGGCUGACCCCUGUGCCUCCCGCCUCGAGCCCUUGCUGGCCCCCAAGUUCCAAGCUAUCGCCCCGCUGGCCGUGCCCCGCUACCAGAAGUUCCCCCUGGGAGACGGCUCAUCCCUGCUGCUGGCUGACACUCUGCAGACCCACUCAGGCCUCUUUCUGGAAGAGCUGGAGAUGUUGGUGCCCUCAACACCCACCUCUGCCAGCGGUGCCUUCUGGAAGGGCAGUGAGUUAGGCACUGAUCCUCCGGCCCAGCCAGCUGCCCCCAGCACCACCAGUGAGGUGGUUAAGAUCCUGGAGCGCUGGUGGGGGACGAAGCGGAUUGACUACUCGCUGUACUGCCCCGAGGCGCUCACCGCCUUCCCCACCGUCACGCUGCCCCACCUCUUCCACGCCAGCUACUGGGAGUCGGCUGAUGUGGUGGCCUUCAUCCUGCGCCAGGUGAUCGAGAAGGAGCAGCCACAGCUGACGGAGUGCGAGGAGCCGUCCAUCUACAGCCCGGCCUUCCCCAGGGAGAAGUGGCAGCGCAAACGCACGCAAGUCAAGAUCCGGAAUGUCACUUCCAACCACCGGGCAAGCGACACGGUGGUGUGCGAGGGCCGCCCCCAGGUGCUGAACGCGCGCUUCAUGUACGGGCCCUUGGACGUAGUCACGCUCACCGGAGAGAAGGUGGACGUCUACAUCAUGACGCAGCCGCUGUCAGGCAAGUGGAUCCACUUCGGCACUGAGGUCACCAACAGCUCCGGCCGCCUCACUUUCUCGGUGCCCCUGGAGCGCGCGCUGGGCAUCGGCGUCUACCCGGUGCGCAUGGUGGUCAGGGGCGACCACACGUACGCCGAGUGCUGCCUGACCGUGGUGGCCCGCGGCACGGAGGCCGUGGUCUUCAGCAUCGACGGCUCCUUCACCGCCAGCGUCUCCAUCAUGGGCAGCGACCCCAAGGUGCGCGCCGGCGCGGUGGAUGUGGUCAGGCACUGGCAGGACGCCGGCUACCUGAUCGUGUACGUAACGGGCCGGCCUGAUAUGCAGAAGCACCGCGUGGUGGCCUGGCUGUCGCAGCACAACUUUCCUCACGGCGUCGUCUCCUUCUGCGAUGGCCUCACCCACGACCCACUGCGCCAGAAGGCGAUGUUUCUGCAGAGCCUGGUGCAGGAGGUAGAACUGAACAUCGUGGCCGGUUAUGGGUCCCCCAAAGACGUGGCCGUAUAUGCGGCACUGGGCCUGUCCCCGAGCCAGACCUACAUUGUGGGCCGUGCGGUGCGGAAGCUGCAAGCUCAGUGUCAGUUCCUGUCAGACGGCUACGUGGCCCACCUGGGCCAGCUGGAGGCGGGCUCCCACCCUCACGCCCCCGCGGGACCCUCCAGGGCCGCCCUGGCCAAGAGCAGCUAUGGGGGGGCUGCCCCCGUGGACUUCCUCCGCAAGCAGAGCCAGUUGCUUCGCUCCAGGGGGCCCAGUCAGGUGGAGCGGGAGAGCCCGGGGACACCGCCCACCACGCUGGCCCGAGGCAAGCCCCGAAGCAUCAGCCUCAAGCUGGACAGCGAAGAAGAGUGAGGCCAGCACUGUGGUGGCCCUGAAGUGAUUUAUUCGUGCACUCGAGGGGCCCCAAAUGGCACAUGUGGGAGGCUGGGGGCCCAGACCUCUGGCCCCCCAACCCCACGCCCUGUAUCUCUGUCUGCCCCUCAGUGUUACUUCCCCGUCACGUGGGAGGCACCCAGCCUCGGUGUGGGGGAGGAUGUUGGCAAGGGCCCUGAGGCUUUUCCAGUGUGUGUGAAUCCAUGAAAAUAAACCACCUGCAUCCCACC